CUGAACUUCAGUGUCGAUUCUUCUAAACAACUUGUUAGAUGCCAAUUUUUUCAUGAAGAGCAUACUUGAUACUCCUCAAUUGCAAUGGAAGUGAAGAACAUGAAGAAAUAUUCAGUUUGGUUGAUAAUGGUGAUGUGUUGCUUGGCUUCCAUGGCUGAAGCAAAGUACUUUAAGUACAAAGACCCAAAACAACCAAUGGGUGUUCGGAUUAAAGACUUGAUGAAAAGGAUGACAUUAGAGGAAAAGAUUGGGCAAAUGACCCAAAUUGAUAGAUCAGUUGCCUCCACUGAAGUCAUGCAGAAGUAUUUUAUUGGUAGUAUAUUGACUAUACCCUUUCCAGGGAGUCUUCUACCCGAAAAAUCAGCCCCCAAAGCAUGGAUUGACAUGGUCAAUGCUUUCCAAAAUGCUUCAUUAUUGACCCGAUUGGGGAUACCGAUGAUUUAUGGGAUUGAUGCUGUCCAUGGGCAUAACAAUGUUUACAAAGCUACAAUCUUUCCUCACAAUAUUGGUCUUGGAGUGACUAGGGAUCCUGUUCUGCUUAAGAAGAUUGGAGCUGCAACUGCACUUGAAGUUAGAGCCACUGGCAUACAUUAUACUUUUGCACCUUGUAUUGCUGUAUGUAGAGACCCGAGAUGGGGUCGCAGCUAUGAGAGUUAUAGUGAAGAUCCAAAAAUCGUUAAACUAAUGACUGAGAUUAUACCAGGUUUACAAGGAGAUAUCCCUGCCGGUUCAAGAAAGGGUGUUCCUUACGUUGGUGGGCAAAAAAAGAUAGCAGCAUGUGCUAAGCAUUAUUUGGGAGAUGGGGGGACUCUUGGGGGCAAAGACCAGGGCAACACGAUCAUAGAUGCUAAAGGGUUAUUCCGCAUACACAUGCCAGCAUACUAUGAUGCCGUCAUUAAGGGCGUGUCUACGGUUAUGGUCUCAUAUUCUAGUUGGAAUGGGGUUAAAAUGCACACGAAUCAGUACCUUGUCACUGAUUUCCUCAAGAACACUCUCAAAUUUAGAGGGUUUGUUAUAUCAGAUUUUCAAGGGAUUGACAGGAUCACUACUCCUAUUCAUGCUAACUAUACUUACUCGAUCCUAGCUGGGAUGAAUGCUGGCAUAGACAUGUUCAUGAUAGGAUUCAACUACGAAGAGUUCAUUGGUCGUCUAACUUACCUAGUUAAGAAGCAGUUCAUACCUAUGAGUCGUAUUGACGAUGCAGUUAAGAGGAUUUUAAGGGUCAAGUUCACCAUGGGUCUGUUUGAGAACCCCUUUGGCGAUUACAGCAUGACAAAGUAUCUUGGAAGUCAGGAGCACAGAGAUUUGGCCAGGGAAGCCGUGAGGAAAACACUUGUGUUACUGAAAAACGGAAAAUCUAUAAAGAAGCCAUUGCUACCACUUCCCAAAAAGGCAUCAAAGAUACUAGUUGCAGGGUCCCAUGCCAAUAAUCUUGGUUAUCAAUGUGGAGGAUGGACAUCACAGUGGCAAGGGGUUUCAGGAAAUAAUGUUACAGCUGGCACCACAAUCCUGUCUGCUGUGAAAAGAGCCAUUGAUCCAACAACUCAAGUCGUUUACAAUGAGAAUCCGAAUGGUGGGUUUGUUAAGUCUAACAAAUUCGACUAUGCAAUAGUAGUGGUGGGUGAGAAACCAUAUGCAGAGGUUUUUGGAGACAGCUCAAAUUUGACCAUCUCUGAGCCUGGACCGAGCACCAUCAAGAGUGUCUGUGGUUCAGUGAAAUGUGUAGUGGUGUUGAUCACCGGCCGACCUGUGGUGGUGCAGCCAUAUGUAAAUACCAUAGACGCCCUUGUAGCUGCUUGGCUUCCAGGAACCGAGGGUCAAGGUAUCACGGAUGUUCUGUUUGGUGAUUAUGGUUUUACGGGCAAGCUUGCUCGAACUUGGUUCAAGUCAGUUGAUCAGUUGCCGAUGAAUGUUGGGGAUGUACAUUACGACCCCAUAUACCCAUUUGGGUUUGGACUCACCACCAAGCCUAAGAAGAACUUGUGAGCAUUUAAAUGUUCAAAUAAACUGUCUACUUCUACAUCAUGUCACCAUGUAAAAGUGCAUGAUGAUGUAUUUCAUUUUUCUGACAUGACUAGUAAUAAUAAUUGAAAAGAUGAGUUUGUUAUUC